AUGAACAGGAAAGACAGCAAGAGGAAGUCCCACCAGGAAUGCCCAGGAAAGACAGGGGGGCGGGGCCGGCCCCGACAGGCCCGGCGCCACAAGACGUGCCCCAGCCCACGGGAAAUCAGCAAGGUCAUGGCUUCCAUGGCUCUGGGCAUGCUGAAUGAGGGCGGCUGCAGCGAAGACGAGAUGCUGGAGAAAUGCAUUCAGUCCUUCGACUCAACAGGCAGCCUGCGCCGUGGGGACCACAUUCUCAACAUGGUACUGGCCAUGCACAGCUGGGUGCUGCCUUCUACCCACCUCGCUGCCCGACUGCUGACCUUAUAUCCUCCCAAGUACCAGGAGGCCACAGGGAACACACAGGAACAGAGGCGGCUCCAGAUCUGUCACCUGCUCAGAUACUGGCUGACCCAACAUCCUGAGACUGUACACCAGGAGCCUCAGUUAGAAGAGGUGAUAGGUCGCUUCUGGGCCACUGUGGAGCAGGAGGGCAACUCUGCCCAGAGGAGCCUGGGAGACUCCUCCAACCUCCUGAGUCCCGGUGGCCCUGGCCCCCCGCACCCCAUGAGCAGCCCAGGCCUAGGCAAAAAGCGCAAAGUGUCCUUGCUUUUCGACCACCUGGAGACGGGGGAGCUGGCUCAGCAUCUCACUUACCUGGAGUUCCGGUCCUUCCAGGCAAUCACGCCCCAGGACCUGCGGGGCUACGUUUUGCAGGGCUCCGUGCAGGGCUGCCUGACCCUGGAGGGAUCCGUAGGGCUCAGCAACAGCGUGUCCCGCUGGGUGCAGGUCAUGGUGCUGAGCCGUCCUGGGCCCGCACAACGUGCGCAGGUGCUGGACAAGUUCAUCCAGGUGGCACAGAGGCUCCACCAGCUGCAGAAUUUCAACACACUGAUGGCCGUCACGGGGGGCCUGUGUCACAGUGCCAUCUCCAGACUCAAGGACUCCCAUGCCCACCUGAGCCCUGACAGCACCAAGGCCCUGCUGGAGCUGUCUGAGCUUCUUGCUGCCCACAACAACUACGCCCGCUACCGCCGGGCCUGGGCUGGCUGCACUGGCUUCCGGCUGCCCAUCCUGGGUGUGCACCUCAAAGACCUGGUGUCCCUGCAUGAGGCACAGCCCGACAGGUUGCCUGACGGCCGCGUACACCUACCCAAACUCAACAACCUCUAUCUGCGGCUGCAGGAGCUGGCUGCCCUCCAGAGGCAGCACCCCCCGUGCAGCGCCAGCGAGGACCUGCUGCACCUGCUCACACUUUCCCUGGAUCUCUUCUACACAGAGGAUGAGAUCUAUGAGCUUUCUUACGCCCGGGAACCCCGCUGUCCCAAGAGUCUGCCACCCUCCCCCUUCAAAGCGCCCCUGGUGGUGGAGUGGGCCCCUGGCGUGACACCUAAGCCCGACAGGGCCACCCUGGGUCGGCACGUAGAGCAGCUGGUGGAGUCUGUGUUCAAGAAUUACGACCCUGAAGGCCGAGGAACCAUCUCUCAGGAGGACUUUGAGCGACUUUCAGGCAACUUCCCCUUUGCCUGCCAUGGGCUUCACCCACCCCCCCGCCAGGGGAAUGGCUCCUACAGCCGAGAGGAGCUGACCGGCUACCUGCUCCGGGCUAGCGCCAUCUGCGCCAAGCUGGGCCUGGCCUUCCUGCACACCUUCCAGGAGGUCACCUUCCGCAAGCCCACCUUCUGUGACAGCUGCAAUGGCUUUCUCUGGGGCGUCACCAAGCAAGGCUACCGCUGUCGGGACUGUGGGCUGUGUUGCCACAAACACUGCAGGGACCGCGUGAAGGUGGAGUGUAAGAAGAGGCCAGUGGCCAAGGGCGAUGUGAGCCCCCCUGCAGCCCCCAUCCCACCCACACCAGUUCCCCAUGCCAGCUGCGACUCAGAAGACAGUCUCUCCUACACACUAUCCCUGGAACCUGAGACAGGGUGCCACCUUUGCCAUGCGUGGACGCAGACAGAGCCCCCGCACCUGGAAGCAGAGACGGUGCCCCUCCCAACGACCACCUCGCCACCUUCCCAGUCCUCCAAGCUGAAUUCCUAG